AUGGUUCUCGAAGCCGAGUGUGUGCUCGCGGUGCUCUUCCUCCUGGCGGCGCACGCCGCCUCCGCGGCCGCCGGUGUGACGAGCCCGUACCGGCGGAGCCUGCAGAUGCUCCCCGUCAUGCCGCUCGACGCCGACGUGUUCCGGCAGCCGCCUGGCCACAAUGCGCCGGAGCAGGUGCACAUCACGCAGGGCGAUCUGACCGGCCGCGCCAUGACGGUAUCCUGGGUCACCCCGGAGCACCCGGGAAGCAACGUCGUCCGCUACGGCCUCGCCGCCGACAACCUCAACCUCACGGCCGAGGGCACCGUCCAGCGCUACACCUGGGGCGGGACCUACCAGUCCCCCUACAUCCACCACGCCACGCUCACCGGUCUCGACCACGCCACCGUCUACCACUACGCCGUCGGCUACGGCUACACCGUGAGGUCCUUCUCCUUCAAAACCCCGCCAAAGCCCGGCCCCGACGCGCCCAUCAAGUUCGGCCUCAUCGGUGACCUCGGCCAGACGUUCCACUCAAACGACACGGUGGCCCACUACGAGGCCAACGGCGGCGACGCCGUGCUCUUCAUCGGCGACCUGUGCUACGCCGACAACCACCCGGGCCACGACAACCGCCGUUGGGACACGUGGGCGCGCUUCGUGGAGCGCAGCGUCGCGUACCAGCCCUGGAUCUGGACCGCCGGCAACCACGAGAUCGACUACGCGCCGGAGAUCGGCGAGACGGUGCCGUUCAAGCCGUUCACGCACCGCUACCCCACCCCUUUCCGCGCGUCCAACAGCACCGGGCACCUCUGGUACUCGGUGAAGAUGGCGUCGGCGCACGUCAUCAUGCUCUCCUCCUACUCUGCCUACGGCAAGUACACGCCGCAGUGGACGUGGCUGCAGGACGAGCUCCGCCGCGUCGACCGCAAGACGACCCCCUGGCUCAUCGUCUGCGUGCACUCGCCCUGGUACAACACCAACGACUACCACUACAUGGAGGGCGAGACGAUGCGCGUCCAGUUCGAGCGCUGGCUCGUCGACGCCAAGGCCGACCUCGUCCUCGCCGGCCACGUCCACUCCUACGAGCGCACCCACCGCGUCUCCAACGUCGCCUACGACAUCGCCAACGGCAAGGCCACGCCGCAGUUCAACGCCUCCGCGCCCGUCUACGUCAACAUCGGCGACGGCGGCAACACCGAGGGGCUCGCCAACAGCUUCCGCUCGCCGCAGCCGGACUACUCCGCCUUCAGGGAGGCCAGCUACGGCCACGCCACGCUGGACAUCAAGAACAGGACCCACGCCUACUACGAGUGGCACCGCAACCAGGACGGCGUCAAGGUCGUCGCCGACAAGGCCUGGUUCACAAACAGAUACUACAUGCCAACCCACACCAACUAG